AUGGAUACAGAUGAGGAUAAAAACAUGGAAAAUACAAACAGAAAAAUGAGUAUAGAAAAAGAUAUAAAUUUGAGUUCAAGUAGUAAAACAAUAAAUGAUACAGAUGAUAAAUCUUUUGUGUCUGCAAAAAAUUCAAUGCUUGAAAUGUCAUCAUCAAUGACCAUGGAUAAUCGAAUACUUUGGAUCAAAAAUAAAGUUAUGAAAUUUCUCUGCUUGGAUAACAGUUAUAACCAACUUUUCGAUGAACUUAUUAAUGAAAAUGAUAGAUACUAUGAAGAUAAAUUACUUGAUUUUUUAAAUCUUGAAUUAUACGAUGAAAUUGAUUUAGAAAAAAAAGUUGUAUUUUUCUAUAGAACUUUUAGAGAUGAAAUAAUACAAGAAGAAGUAUCAGUCUGGGAAGAAUCAAAUAUUUUAAAUCUAUCAUCAGCUGGAUUUGGUGGAAAAAAUCGUCCUCAAAGAUUAACUAAAAGUGCACCAGAUUUAAAUAGUGUUGAUACUGGUGUUAUUAAUACUGGUGUUUCAAUGACCCAUGUACCAUCAGGAACAGAGGAAGAUGUUGAUGAUGAAAGUGAAAGAUUAGAUGAAGACAAGGAAAGUUUAAUUGAUGUUAAAAAUCUUCAAGAAGCUAAACAACAAGCACUAAGUGUUGGAUCACUUGAAGCAAAACCAUUUGUUCCUCCACCUGGUGAAGAAGACAAAUACAUUUUAACAAAGAAAGUUGUUGACAAGAUUAUUCAAAAGCCAAUAAUCCAUAUGUUUUGCGGUGAAAUAAAUCCAAACAAUGAAGAGUUAAAAAAUCAUAAUUUAUUUUAUUUUUUGCGAACAAGUGAGGAUGGAAUUCCUUCAUUUGAUUCAUGGGAAUUAUGCGAUGAAAGAAUGACUGAUUAUCUAAUUGUUGGAUCCAUAAAUGGUUCAAUACUUUCAUCUCUAAAAAACAUACUUAUUAAUGUCUUCCAGCCUUUUAUUGAGAAACAAUAUCGAGGUGUUGCUGCAGCCCAGAGACAGAUUGAAGAAAUUCAUGCUCGUUCAAAGUCUGACAGUAUUGGAAAAGCACAAGCAACUUUAUCAUCUGUCGUUGAAUCUCAAGUUUCUGAAUUCGCAAGACCAUCGAGUUAUCGUCGAGUAUCUGUUUCACUUGAUAAAUUUAAAGUGAACAAUCAAACACGUUCAUCAUUUGAUGGUAAAAAAAUACAAGAUCAUGAAAAAGAUCCCAAUAAUAAAGCUGAAUCAACACCCAUGAAAAGUAAAACCAAUCAAUUUGAUAAUAAUUCAGAUAAACCAAUGGAAAGUAGUAAAAAAGAAAUGUUAGAUAAAUUAAAAGAGCUAAUAAAAGUUGUUGAAUGGACACUUGAUCAUGUUGAAGGUGAUUUACUAUUAAAUGUUCCACAAUUAACUGAUCUUCCUUCAAUUGAAGAUACAAAUUUUAAUCCAUCAAAUAUUGAUAAAUCAUUGAUUGAAGAAUUAGAAAAUAUUGUUAUGUCAUGGAGUAAACAUAUACAAAAAAUGCUUGAUAGUUAUUUAAAUAAAAUACCACAAGGUAAAGGACCAAUUGCUGAAUUUGAUUAUUGGCAUGAUCGUGAAACUGGUUUCAGUUGGUCUGAAAUUGAAUUAUGGAAAAAUUAUACACAUGCAAGAGAUAACAAAAAAUUUCUUGAUACAAUAUUUCGAUAUUUUAAGCUGAUAACAGAUAGCAAUGAUUUUCGUAAAAUUGGUAAUUCAAUACCGUCAUUGAUGGAAGCAAUUAGAAUGAUUUGGGUAUUGUCAAAGUAUUAUAAUUCUGAAGAAACAAUGGUGACAUUGAUGGAGCGUAUAUCAUGGCAGCUUUGUCAAAAUAUUAUGAAAAAUUUAGAAAUAAAAUAUUUAUUUGAUAAACCACUUGAUGAUGUAUCAAAGCAAACAAAAGAUGGAUAUUUUAUGAUGAAAAAUUGGAAGACAUGUUAUUUAAAAACACGUGAAAGUAUUGAAGUAUCUGGUAAAGAUUUUUAUAAUAUAUUUGGAGCAGAAUUAAAAUCAGUUAUAAAUGAUCCAUCACAAAUUGAUAUUAUUAUUAAAAAAGUUGAUGAAACAAUAAUGCCAAUUAAAAAUUCAGAUUUUAAUGUUUAUACGGAAUUUAAUAAAGAAAAUUGGGAUGCAACAAUUGAAUAUUUUUAUUUUGAAGUUAAAAAUUUAGAAAAAGAAGCUAAAUUUUUUAUUGAUGAGUGUUUUAUGGUAUUGAUUAGUGCAGAAGAAGCACUUGAGGUACUUUUAAAAUUUAAAAAUAUUAAAACAAGACAGGCAAUACAAGAACAGCUGUUAUUAAAAUUUGAUGUUAUAAUGCAACAAUUUAGCAAAGAAAUUAAUCAAGUUGAAGGAAUUUUUAAUCGAGGUAAAAAAAAUCCUCCACUGUUGAGAUAUCAUCCACCAAUUGCUGGAUCUGUUUAUUGGGAGCGACAACUUUUUCACCGACUAAGACGACCAGUAUUAAUAUUUCAAAAUGUCAAAGAUCUUGAAGACAGUUAUCUAAAAACUUUGACAUUUAAACAGUAUCAAAAUGUCGUUAAAAAAAUGAGAUUUUAUGAAGAAGAAAAAUAUAAUUUAUGGCUUGAAAAAUCACAAUCUUUUGUCGUUGAAAUAAUGAAGAAAAAUAUUCUAAAAGUCAUACCAAUUGACGAGGAUAAAUAUUUUGAGGAUAAACAAAUUUUUAAUGUAUCAUCAUCAAUGACUGUUAGAUCAGAUAGAAAAUCAUUACAAAAAAUAAACCAGCUAUUAAAAGAUUCAGUAUAUGAAAAUUUAAAUGACAAACAAAACACAAAAAUAACAUGGAUGGAAAUAAUGGAUAAUAAAAUAAUGGCUGAGCAUCAGUUGAAAUUUUAUGUUAAUUUCGAUUCAGAUGUAUUUGAUGUAAUUCAUGAGGCUGAGUUAUUCGAACAAAUGGGUUUCGAAUUACCAGAUGUUAUAACAGAAAUUGGAAUACAAAAAAAUAGACUAAGGAGUGAUAUUGAUGUUACGGAAACAAUGAUAAAUGAGUACAAUAGAAUAAUGAAUUAUGCAUCAGAAUGUCAAAAAUUAUUAAAAAGUUUCUCAUCAAUUGCCGAGCAAAUAAAUCAAAUGAAAAAAGACAUGGAUCUUCGUAUUGACAAUGAAAUAAGUUGUUUUAAUUUAUUUACAACUACCCAAGAUCAAAAUGAUCCAGAUUAUCAAUUAAAUGAAUGUCAAACAUAUUUUUUGGAUAUUGAAAGUAAAAGAAAUGAGCUUGUUGGUAUUAUGCUUAAUGUUUAUCAAUCAAUAAGUCCAAUGUUGAUUAAACUGGAGAGUCUUGUUGAGGGUACAUCAACUGGAAAAAGUCAAGGAAUGCAAUAUUUUUAUAAACAAUAUGAGUAUAAAAUAUUUACAUCACUUAUUACAUGUAUGAUACGAAAUUUGGAAGAAAUAAAUAAUCUUUUAUCAGGAAAAAAGCCAAUAUUUAAGCUUGAUGGAAUAUUACUUGGUGCUGAAAUAGUAUUACGUCCAUCACCAACAAACAUUGACAUAAUUGUCCUUAGAAAUAUUAAAAAUCUUGUAGAAAAAAUUAAAUUAUUUCCACGUUGGAUGUUUGGUACUUGUCAUCCAUGUAAACCAGUUAAACAAAAUGAUCGUGAAGAAUUAAUGCUAUUUAGUUUUUAUGAAGAUGUCAUGAGUAUUGAAUUGAUAAAUGAUAAAAUAAUAAAUAUACAAGAAACAACACAAAAAUUAUCAGCAGAUUGCUGGAAAUAUUUACAAAGAUGGGAAAAAUAUGUUAAUCUUUGGAGACUAGAUAAACCACAAAUAUGUCAAAAAUUUUCAUCAAAAAAUCCAACAUUAUUUCAAUAUGAAGAAAAAUUUUCUUUCUACGGAGCAAUUAUUGAUGAAAUUGAUGAAAUGAAUUCACAUUAUGAUUUAAAUUUAUUAAAUUCAAUUAAAAAUCAUGCACAAGAAUGGAAACAAGUACUUGAUUGGGAAUCAUUGUAUCUUGGUGCAUUGUAUCGUUCAACAACCCUAGAAAGUACAUUUGAUCAAUUUUGUCAAAUGACGAAAGAACAAAUAUUAGAUUAUUGUGCUGAGUGUUUAAGAUUUUCUGAUUAUUUUUAUAAACAUGGUCCUGGAAGUUAUAGCAAUGAUCUUGACAGUGGAAUUAAAUUAAUGGAAGAAUUUGGUGAACAAAUUAAAAUGCUGGAAAUAAAAAGAUUAGAUUUAACAAGUUCAGAGCUUCUAUUUGAUCUUUCACCAACAGAUUUUUCAAUUUUUAUUAAAGUUAAAAAUGAUUUUGAUGGAAUGACAUUGAUUUAUGAUAUUUUUAAAAGACAAAAAGCUGCACGUGAUGAAUGGUCAAAAACAUUGUGGGUUGAUUUAAAUCCUCAACAAUUAAUUGAUGGAAUUGAACAAUUUAUUAGAGAAUUUAAAAAACUACCAAAAUAUAUUAGACAAUUGAGUGUUGGUCAGGCACUUGAUGCUACAAUGAGAGCAUUUAAAAAUUCAGUUCCAUUAUUUGUUGAACUUAAAAAUGAUGCAAUGAGGGAGAGACACUGGAGUGAAUUGAUGAAUAAAACUGGAAUGUAUUUCGAUAUGGAUCCAGAAAGAUUUACAUUGGAGAAUAUGUUUCAAAUGGAUUUGGCAAAAUUUCAAGAUAUUGCUGAUGUUAUUGUAACAAAUGCGGUGAAAGAACAAGCAAUUGAAAAAGGUGUUAAAGAAGUUGAAGACAUUUGGAAGUCAAUGGAAUUCAUAUUGAUUCAUCAUUACAAAGGUAGUGAAGAUCGUGGAUUUAUAAUUGGACCAAUUGAUGAGCUGAAUCAAGUUCUUGAAGACAAUACAAUGAAUCUUCAAAGCAUGGCAGCAUCACAAUUUGUUGGUCCAUUUCUAUCAACAGUUAGUAAACUUGAAAAAUCAAUGCAAAUAAUUGCUGAAGUUAUUGAAGCAUGGAUGGAACUUCAACGACGUUGGCUAUACCUUGAAGGAAUAUUUGUUGGUGGUGAUAUAAGAUUACAACUACCAGAAGUUGCUAAAAAUUUUGAUGAUAUUGAUAAUUCAUUUCGUCAAAUAAUGAUUGAUACUUCAAGGCGUGUUAAUGUCUAUGAAUGUUGUAUGAUUAAUGAUCGAUUAAAUGUAUUUCAAUCAUUAAUAUAUGGUCUUGAAAAAUGUCAAAAAUCAUUGACUGAAUAUCUCAAUAGUAAACGUAUGAUAUUUCCAAGAUUUAAUUUUCUCAGUGAUGAAGAAUUACUUGGUGUAUUAGGAAGUACUGAGCCAUAUGCAAUUCAACAACAUGUUGGAAAAAUGUUUGAUAAUUUAGAAAAAUUUAAAUUCGAAAAAUCACAAAUUAAUAAUGUCAUUGUUGCAACUGCAUUGAUAUCAUGUGAAAUGGAAAUAAUGGACUUUCAAAAUAAUAUUAUUGCUAAUGGUAAAAUUGAAGAAUGGAUGGUACUUGCACUAGCUGAAAUGAAACAUUCAAAUAGAUUUUUAACUAAAAAAGCAGUCUACAAUUAUGGAAAGAUAAGAAGACCAAGAACUGAAUGGAUAUUGGAUUUUCAAGGAAUGAUGAUUUUAGUUGCAAAUCAAAUUUGGUGGACAGCUGAAGUCGAGGAAGUUUUUCAAAAAAUAAAAAUUGGAAAAAAAAGAGCAAUGAAAGAUUAUCUUCAACAAUUGAACAAUCAAUUGGACCAAGUGGUGACAUUGAUGGGCAGUGAUAAACUGACAAAUAAUGAUAGAAAAAAAUUAGACACAGUAUUGACAAUCGACGUACAUACUCGUGAUAUUAUUGAAGGAUUUGUGAGAGACAGUAUAAUGGAUGCAAUGGAAUUUGACUGGGAAAGUCAAUUAAAAUUUUACUGGGUACAUGAUCUUGAUAAUGUAUGGAUGAAUCAAUGUACAGGAAAAUUUGAAUAUGGAUAUGAAUACAUGGGAUUAAAUGGUAGACUAGUUAUCACUCCAUUGACUGAUAGAAUUUAUCUAACAAUAACUCAAGCACUCUCUAUGCAUCUUGGUGGUGCUCCAGCAGGUCCUGCUGGAACUGGAAAAACAGAAACAACAAAAGAUUUAGCAAAAGCACUUGGUUUAUUAUGUGUUGUAACAAAUUGUGGUGAAGGAAUGGAUUAUGUUGCUAUUGGUAAAACACUUGGUGGUCUUGCACAAUGUGGUGCAUGGGGUUGUUUUGAUGAAUUUAAUCGUAUUGAUGUAUCUGUUUUAUCAGUAAUAUCAACACAAUUACAAACAAUACGUUCAGCUUUGAUAAAUAAAUCAACACGUUUUCUUUUUGAAGGACAAGAAAUUAUAAUUGAUUCAAAAGUUGGAAUAUUUAUAACAAUGAAUCCAGGCUAUGCAGGAAGAACAGAACUUCCAGAAUCAGUUAAAGCAUUAUUUCGUCCAGUUGUUUGUAUUGUACCAGAUAAUGAAUUAAUUUGUCAAAUUAAAUUAUUUAGUGCUGGUUUUUUAACAGCUAAAAUACUUGCUAAAAAAAUGACUGUACUUUAUACACUUGCUAAAGAACAAUUAAGUAAACAAACACAUUAUGAUUUUGGUCUUAGAGCAUUAAAAUCAGUAUUAAAUAUGGCUGGACAAUUAAAAAGAACAUCAGUUAAUUUACCAGAAAAUGUUGUAUUGAUGCGUGCAUUAAGAGAUAUGAAUUUGCCUAAAUUUAUAUUUGAUGAUGUACCAUUAUUCAUUGGUUUAAUUAAAGAUUUAUUUCCUGGACUUGAUUGUCCAAGAGUUGGCUAUCCAGAUUUUAAUAAAGCUGUUGAAAAAAUUUUAAAUGAUGACGGUUACAUUGUCAUUCCGGAUCAAGUUGACAAAGUUAUACAAUUGUAUGAGGUAAUGAUGACAAGACAUUCAACAAUGAUUGUGGGUCCAACUGGUGGCGGUAAAACAGUUAUCAUUGAAACUCUAUGCAAGGCACAAACAUAUCUUGAUAAACCAACAAAAUUAACUAUUUUAAAUCCAAAAGCAUGUAGUGUCGUUGAACUUUAUGGAAUUUUAGAUCCUUUAACUCGUGAUUGGACUGAUGGAUUAUUAAGUAAUAUAUUUAGAGAAUUAAAUAAACCCCUGGAAUCAUCAAAAGAUGAAAAAAGAUAUAUUUUAUUUGACGGUGAUGUUGAUGCAUUAUGGAUUGAAAAUAUGAACUCAGUUAUGGAUGAUAAUAAAAUAUUAACACUUGCAAAUCAAGAAAGAAUUAAAUUACAAAAUUAUUGUAGUUUAUUAUUUGAAGUUGGUGAUUUACAGUAUGCAUCACCAGCAACUGUAUCAAGAGCUGGUAUGGUUUAUGUAGAUCCAAAAAAUUUAAGCUGGCAGCCAUUUAUGAAUAAAUGGAUAAAUAAAAGAACAGAAAAUCAACAAAUUUUAUUAAAACAAUUAUCUGAUAAAUACAUUGAUGGUGGAUUAAAAUUGAUAAUUGAUGGUAUGCUUGGUCUUCAACAAGUGACACCAUUAAAGAUGAUUAUACAUCAAACUUCAUUAAAUAUGGUUAAUCAAUUGUGCAACAUGAUUGAUGCACUUUAUCCAUGUAAAAAUAAUGAACAAGAUGAUGAUAAUAUUGUACCACGUAGUGAACGUCAAGUUUCAAAUGACAGUGAUCAAUCAAAUGUCGAAAUAACAGAUGAAAAUGAACUUUUAGAAGCUAUUUAUAUUCAAGCUUGUUAUUGUUCAUUGGGUGCUGCAUUGACUGUUGAAUCACGAUCACAAUUUGAUGAAUUUAUGAAAAAAACAUCUGGUCUAAUGUUGGUUGAAGAUACACCACAAAAAUUAGCAACAAUCAGAUAUUUACCAAUUACUAAAAAAUCAUUAUUUGAAUAUAUGUUGGAUAUUGAAAAAAAAAUUUGGAUACCUUGGGAAUCACUGGUGCCAAAUUAUAUACAUGAUAGAAAUAAAAAUUUUAGUGAUAUACUUGUUCCAACAAUUGACACAAUGAGAACAACUUGGUUUAUAAAAUUAAUGAAUAAUUUAAAAAUUCCAGUAUUAUUAGUUGGCGAAACUGGUACAUCAAAAACAGCAAUAAUACAAAGCUUCCUAAGAUCACUUAAUUAUGAUAAAUAUAAUAAAUUAAUAAUUAAUUUUUCAUCAAGAACAACAUCAAUGGAUGUUCAAAGAAAUAUUGAAUCAAUAUUAGAAAAAAGAACAAAAGAUAUAUAUGGUCCAUCACCAGGUAAAAAAUUAAUAAUAUUUAUUGAUGAUAUGAAUAUGCCACUUGUUGAUACAUAUGGUACCCAACAACCAAUAGCAUUAUUAAAAUUAUUGCUUGAACAUGGUGGUAUGUAUGAUCGUGGUAAAGAUUUAAAUUGGAAACAAAUAAAAGAUAUAUGUUAUUUAGCAUCAAUGGGAAAAGCUGGUGGUGGAAGAAACAAUGUUGAUCCACGUUUUGUAUCAAUGUUUUCAGUUUACAAUGUAACAUUUCCAACAGAUUUAACACUGAAUUAUAUUUAUCAUAGUAUUCUUAAAGGACACUUGGAAAUAUUUACAAAUGAAAUACAAGAAAUAAGUGGUUGCUUGAUACAAAUGACACUUGAAUUGUAUGAAUUAUUGACGAUUGAAUUACCACCAACACCAUCGAAAUUUCAUUAUAUAUUUAACAUGAGAGAUUUAUCAAGAAUAACAGCUGGUUUAUUACAAAGUACACCAGAUUACUACAUAAAUAUUCAACAAUUUAUUAGACUAUGGAGAAAUGAAAUAAAUCGUGUUAUUUGUGAUCGACUUAUUAAUGAUGAUGAUCAAAAUAUUAUUCAUUCUUGGAUUGAAGAAAAAAUUAAAUUACAAUGGUCCAAUGAAUAUCCUGAUGUUGUUGAUUAUACAUUAAGAAAUCCAUUGUUAUUUGGUGAUUUUAAAAAUGCAUGUAAUGACAAUGAGCCAAGAUUUUAUGAGGAUGUGCUGGAUUAUGAAGCUGUUUUUAAUCUUUUCAUGGAAAUACUUGAUGAAUAUAAUGAAAAAAAUAUAAAAAUGAAUAUGGUAUUAUUUAAUGAUGCAUUAGAACAUUUAGUUAGAAUUCAUAGAGCAUUGAGAAUGCAUCGUGGACAUGUUCUAGUUGUUGGUAUUGGUGGUAGUGGUAAACAAUCAGUUAUUAAAUUAUCAGCAUUUGCUGCUGAUUGUGAAAUAUUUGAAAUAUCACUUGGACGUGGUUAUAAUGAAAAUAGUUUUAAAGAAGAUAUGAAAAAAUUGUAUUAUCUUGUUGGUGUUGAUGAUAAAAAAAUUGUUUUUUUAUUUACUGGUGCUCAUGUUGUUGAUGAGGGGUUUUUGGAAAUUGUCAAUAAUAUGCUGAUGACUGGAAUGGCACCAGCUCUAUUUACAGAUGAUGAAAAAGAAACAAUUAUUGGAGCUUGUAGAAAUAAAGCUAAAAUUGCUGGUUAUGGAAUUACCAAAGAAAAUGUAUGGUCUUAUUUUACUGAUACGAGUGUAUCAAAUUUACGAAUUGCAUUGUCAAUGAGUCCAUCUGGUGAUACAUUGAGAUCGAGAUGUAGAAAUUAUCCUGGACUUGUUAAUAGUACGACUAUUGAUUGGAUGUUUCCUUGGCCACAUCAAGCGCUUCAUGCUGUUGCAAAUGUUGUACUUCGUGAUAAUCCUCAUGUACCAGAAGAACAUCGUGAAAAUAUUGUUGAUCAUAUUGUCAAUGUGCAUAUAUCAGUUGGUGAUUAUACAAAAAAUUUUCAAACAAAAUUACGUAGAAAAAAUUAUGUAACACCAAAACAUUAUCUUGAUUUUAUAAAUACAUAUUUAAAUUUAUUAAUUGAAAAAAAAAAUUAUAUUAAAUCACAAUGUGAAAGAUUAUCAGGUGGUUUAAAAAAAAUAGCUGAAGCAUCAGAAACACUUGUUGAAUUAAAUAGUAUCCUCGCUGUGCAACGUGUUAAAGUUGUUGAACAAUCUAAAAAUUGUGAUAAAUUAUUAUUGACAAUUGGUGAAAGUACAGAAAUAGCUAAACAUAAACAAAAUAUAUCAAUUGAAAAACGUGAAGAAAUUGAAAUACGUAAUGAAAUAAUUAAAACUGAAUCAUCAGAAGCAAAAAAAGUACUUGCUGAAGCACAACCAGUUCUUGAUUCAGCAAGAUUAGCAUUAAAUGAUUUAGAAAAAGGUGAUAUUACAGAAAUUCGUUCAUUUGCAACACCACCAGAACCAGUACAAAUUGUUUGUGAAUGUAUUGCAAUUAUUCGUGGUGUUAAAGAAAUAUCAUGGAAAUCAGCAAAAGGUAUAAUGGCUGAUCCAAAUUUUUUAAAAACAUUACAAGAUAUGGAUUGUAAUGAAAUAACAUUUAAACAACAACAAGCAGUACGUGCACAUUUAAAAAAAUCCGAUAAAAUGCAACAAAUGACAACAAUAAGUAAAGCUGGUUAUGGUCUUUAUAAAUUUGUAUUAGCUGUAUUAGAAUAUUGUUAUGUUUAUCGUCAAGUUAAGCCUAAAAUUGAAAAAGUACAGGCACUUGAAUUUGAAGCUGAAAAAGCAAAAAAAGCACUUGAUAAAGAAGAAAAAUCAUUGAAAAAAAUUGAAAAACAAAUUAAUGAAUUAAAUGGUAAAUAUCAAAUAGCAUUUAGCGAAAGACAAAAGUUACAAGCUGAAACAGCAUUAUUACAAAAAAGAUUAUUGGCUGCUGAUAGAUUAAUAAAAGGUUUAUCAUCAGAAAAUAUUAGAUGGAAAAAAGAGCUUGAAAAUUUAAAAGAUAGUUAUGAUUUAAUCAUUGGUAAUUGUUUAUUAUCUGCUAGUUUUUUAUCAUAUUGUGGACCAUUUUCAUAUGAAUUUAGAAAUAAUAUGGUUUAUGAUAAUUGGCAACAAAGUAUAUUAAAUAAAAAUAUACCAAUAGCACAACCAUUUAAAAUUGAAAAUGAAUUAUCAAAUGAUGUUGAAAUAAGUGAAUGGAAUUCUCAAGGUUUACCAUAUGAUGAAUUGUCAAUUCAAAAUGCAAUAUUAACAGUUAGAGCAUCAAGAUUUUCACUUUGUAUUGAUCCACAACAACAAGCCAUUAAAUGGUUAAAAAAAAAAGAGCAUAAAAAUUUAAAAAUUUUAUCAUUUAAUGAUCAUGAUUUUGUAAAACAAAUUGAAAUUUCAAUUAAAUAUGGUUUUCCAGUUAUUUUUCAAGAUGUUGAUUAUAUUGAUCCAAUAAUUGAUAAUGUUUUGAUGAAAAAUAUUCAAACUGCAAGUGGAAGAUCCUAUGUGAUGCUUGGUGAUAAAGAAGUUGAUUAUGAUCCAAAAUUUAAAUUAUAUUUAACAACAAAAUUAUCAAAUCCAUCAUUUAAUCCAGCUGUUUAUGCAAAAUCAACUGUUAUUAAUUACAUGGUUACAACAAGUGGCUUGGAGGAUCAGCUGUUAUCCGUAGUAGUAAAAAUUGAACGACCAGAUGUUGAAGAAAAAAGAGAAGCUUUGAUUAUCGAAACAAGUGAAAAUAAAAGUUUAUUAUAUCAACUUGAAGAGAGUUUGCUACAUGAAAUAGCAACAAAUAAAGGAAAUAUGUUAGAUAAUAUUGAUCUAAUUGAAACUUUAGAAAAUACAAAAAUAAGUGCUGAAGAAGUUACUGAAAAAAUACGUUUAGCUGGUAAUACAGCACGUGAUAUAAAUUAUUUACGUAAUGCAUAUCGUCCAGUUGCUAAAAGAGGAGCAAUAUUAUUUUUUGUUUUAUCUGAUAUGUCAAUGGUUAAUUCAAUGUAUCAAUAUUCAUUGGGUAGUUAUCUUGAAGUAUUUGCAUUUUCAUUACGUCGAUCAAUACCAGAUAUUAUAUUAGAUAAAAGAUUAAAAAAUAUUAUAAGCACACUUACUAAGAGUGUUUAUGAUUACGGCUGUACUGGAAUAUUUGAAAAACAUAAAUUAUUAUUUUCAUUUCAAAUAUGUACAAGAAUACAACAAAGUAUUGAUAAUAUUUCACAAAAUGAAUUGGAUUUUUUUAUCAAAGGUAAUGUUUCACUUGAUAAAACAACAAAAAUUAAUCCAACAAAUUGGCUAUCAACAUCUGGAUGGCAAGAUGUUGUCAAACUUUCAGCUGAUUUUUCUGAUUAUUUUUCUGAAAUUUGUGAUGAUUUAAAUAAUCAUAUUGAUGACUGGCAAAAAUGGUACGACUUGGACAGCCCAGAGUCUGAAGAUUUACCAUGUAAUUAUUCAAAAAAACUUGGACCAUUUCAAAAACUCAUGCUGCUUAGAUGCUUCAGAGUUGAUCGUGUUUAUUGUGGUGUUGUUAAAUACAUAAGUGAAAUAAUGGGUGAUGAAUUUAUCACACCACCAAACAUAAGUUUCGACAUGAUUUAUGAACAAAGUACACCAACAAUGCCUGUUGUUUUUAUUCUAAGUCCAGGCUCUGAUCCAACAUCUGAAUUAAUGAAGCUUGCUGAUAGAUACAACAUUGAAAAUGAAAAACUUAAAUAUCUUUCACUUGGCCAAGGACAAGAAAAGCAUGCAAUUGAAUUACUUGAAAAUGCUGCUUUAACAGGACAAUGGUUGAUGCUACAAAAUUGCCACUUGUUAUUAUCAUUUACAAAAGAAUUAGAAAAAAGACUUGAAAUAAUUGGACAACCACAUUUAGAUUUUCGUUUAUGGCUAACAACAGAUCCAACACAAAAUUUUCCAAUUGGUAUACUUCAACAAUCAUUAAAAGUUGUUACUGAACCACCAAAUGGAUUGAAGCUUAACAUUAAAAAUACAUACUUCAAAAUGAGACCAUUUACAUUGGACAAUUGUACUCAUAAUAUAUUUAAAGAUCUUGUUUAUGUCUUGUCAUUUUUUCAUGCUGUUGUACAGGAACGAAGAAAAUAUGAUAAAAUUGGUUGGAAUAUAAAUUAUGAUUUUAAUGAAUCUGAUUUUAAUGUUUGUGUGUUGAUACUUGACACGUAUUUAACAAAAUCAUUGUCAACAAAUGAAUCAAGACUACCAUGGAACAGUUUGAAAUAUUUAAUUGGUGAAGUUAUGUAUGGUGGAAGAAUAAUCGACAGUUAUGAUAGAAGAAUUGCUAAAAUAUACAUGGAUGAAUAUUUUGGUGAUUUUUUAUUUGAUAAAUUUCAACCGUUUCAUUUUUAUCAAGACAGCUAUGUUGACUAUGUUAUUCCACCGGUUGGUAAUCGUGAUGAUUAUAUUAAAUUUAUUGAUGAAUUACCAUUGGAAAAUUCACCUGAAGUAUUUGGCUUACAUCCAAAUGCUGAAAUUGGAUAUUUUACACAAGCAGCUAAAGAAAUGUGGAGUAGUUUAAUUGAACUACAGCCUCAGACUGCUGUUGGCUCAACUGGAACAAGUCGUGAAGAUUUUAUUGAUAAUCUUGGAAAAGAUAUACUUACAAAAAUUCCAGUUGAGUAUGAUUUGAUCAAGGUCAAAAGAACAUUUGGAUUAAAUUUAUCACCAAGAGCAAUUGUUCUUUUUCAAGAACUCGAGAGGUUUAAUAAAUUAAUUAAAAUCAUGAAAAUUAAUUUAACACAGCUUAGAAAGGCAAUUGCUGGAGAAAUUGGUAUGGAUUCAGUGCUUGAAAGUAUUUCGAAUUCUUUAUUCAAUGGAAGUUUACCACAGGUAUGGGCUAAACUAGCACCAGCAACUCGUAAAAAUUUAGGUGGUUGGAUGGAUCAUUUUCAACGACGUAUUGUUCAAUAUUCCAAUUGGGCUGGUGGAAAUGAACCAGUUGUUAUGUGGCUAUCAGGAUUACAUAUUCCACAAACAUAUUUAGCAGCACUAGUACAAAUGGCAUGUAGGAAAAAUAAUUGGCCACUUGAUAAAUCAUUGAUCUAUACAUCAGUAUCAAAUUUUUCAGAACCAAGUGAAGUUGAAGAACGACCUGAACAGGGAUGUUUUGUACAAGGACUUUAUUUGGAAGGAGCCAGAUGGGAUCUUACUGAUCGCUGUCUUAAAAAAUCAUUACCUAAAAUUUUAAUUGAACCAUUACCAGUUUUAACAGUUAUUCCAAUUGAAUCACAUCGUUUAAAGCUUCAAAAUACAAUUAAAACACCUGUUUAUACAACUUCAAAUCGAAGAAAUGCUAUGGGAGAUGGUCUUGUUUUUGAGGCUGAUCUUGGAACAACUGAACAUAUAUCAUUAUGGGUUUUACAAGGUGUUUGUUUAAUAAUGAAUACUGAUUAAUAUAUUAGAUGUAAUUUUUAGCUAUAUAAUGUACUAUGUAUAAUAUUUUUAAAUAUUGUAUUUCAA